AUGGAAUUCAUUUCAGAGCAAUCGCAGUCCCUUCAGCUCCGAAGGAAUGUCGACACACUUGGGGUGCAGCUCGAUGUUCUUCUGACUCCACCAAGGGUUCUUCGCUUUAGAGAUGUUCUCGAAACUUUCAGGACGGAGGACUUUGACAUUCAGUAUGGAUCGGUGAACAGAUUUCGCUUCAUGGGUAACGGAAUGACUUUGAGCCAGGAACGAGUGUACUACUAG